GACGAAAAAAUGCGUUCAAAACGAAACAGUUGAAACGAAAAAAUGCGUAAUGUUGUUACGAAACUGUCAUCCGUGCCUUCGAUUUUGGUUUAAUCUGCAAAAUUUAGCUUUUUAAAGAAUUUGUUGUAUUUUGUAAUGCUAUUUUAACCAGUAAGAUGCAAGCAUGUGGCACAUAGAACCCUUGUGAAGGAUGUCCAUCAAUAUUACGGUGCAUGCCAAAGGGCAACCCACUUCUUAUUCAGCAGCAGGAGGCAACGAUCCAUUCGCCAGCCUUGAAAGUGUUCGCCAGGCCGACAAUCAGAGACGACGAAAGACACGAUUAGAACAGGUCCGUCAACAGUCCAAGGAACUCGCCGCAAAAGUUCGUAAGAACUUCCAAACUGCCAAAACUAAGCAGCUUGCCUGUGUGCAAAAAGUUAAACAGGACGAACUUAACAACUGGAAACGGAAGCAUAUUGCACAGCUGCAAGCAGAUUACCAAACCUGUCUGGAGGAUGUCGGUGAAGCUCACAAGGCGGCGGAAGCUGCCGAGCAGUGCGAACUUUGGUUUCAGGAACGAAAAGCUGCCCAACAAGCUGCAGCUUUGAUGCGCGGAAAACAGGCGGAGGCAAAGCUAGCUGGAGAAAUUCAAGAUCGUGAAAGUAAAAAGCCGAAAAAGAGAAAGGAGUAUAAACCUUCAAAAUCCGUUGGGGUUCAAGUAUCCGGUCCGAGUGGGGAGACGAAACAAAAUGUGGAGGUUCAGGCGGAUGAGAGCAUUUCGUCUGCUAACACCUUGAGCGCUUUUGAGCAGUUCAAAAGAGGUAGCAAGGUGAAGUUAGUUUCUGGUGCGGAGGGUGUUAUAUCUUCCGAUGAUGAACUGUUGGCGUCAGGUAAAAAUAAAGAGAACAUUACUCCAUCACACAACACUCACACUAAACAAGUGGAAACUAUGUAUUACAACGCAACGUCGUUCACCUCACCGGAUACAUUGCACAAUUUAGCCGCUCAAACAACACGAUCUACCAGGGCUCCGGCGUUGAAACCUUUCACGCAAGUGUCCGACCUUAUCAAAAAGCGUCGAGAUGACAAAUCGCUAAAGUAUCACCUACAGCCAUCGGCAUCACAGCAGACUGCAAAAGAUCUUGGCAGCUACUCUUCCCAGAAAAAUGUUCAGUUCGAUGAUCUCAGUGAAAAUACUCUUUCCUUUCCGACGAGUACAGCACUGGACCGGUCGAUUCUGGAAUCUCCAAGAAAACCAGUUCGCAAGUUGGUUGAACAACCGAAAACACUUUCAACGGGUGGCGUCGUUCAUAGUGCUCCGCCGGUCCCGUCGAAGACGAAAAGUUCGCUAACCAGUCCGUCCAAACAGUCGAGCGGUACUUCGAGCACUAAGGUGCAGUAUUAUGACUAUAAUACCAAGUUUCGGAAAGAGUACGACCAGCCGGUUUCAUUGGUGCAACGGAAUGAGAAGUCGGAGGGUGAUCUGAAUGCAAUGCAGGAAGCUAGUAGAUUGGAGCGGUUGCAGAGUGAAAUGCUGACCGCGAGAAGGCAACCAGAGACAAUUGAUCGUUCAAAAAUAGCUCUGGAAAAAUUACAAACGAGAAAAGAUUAUGAGAACUUAAAAGCCGAACUGGACAAACUGGUCAAGGCUGAGAGUCAAGCGAAGGGAUUUGAUGUGACUAAAAAGCCUCCGCUGACUGAAGCACAACAUCGAAAACAGAACGAAUCUCGACAGAAACGAAUGAACGACGCUGUGGAAGAUUUACUUAAACAGCGGGUACUGAUCACCUGUCCCAAGGUGCGAGAUCCUCCCAAUAGCGUACCACAACCUUGUAGACCGCCGCAAAUAAAUGUGGCCGCUGGUCGAACAAACGCAGCUACCUUGCCCGGAGAUGAUUCUCUGAACCGCGAAGUCAAUAGUUCCGAUAGCUGUAGUACUAUUUUGCUAGGAUACGAUCCGAGCAGUGUAAGCGCUGGCAAUGUCGUGCCGACGGAAAAAGAUCGUGAUAAGGUGGCAAAGUUGAGAGAACUACUGGAGAACAUCAACGAGCAGAAGAGGCUCCUGAUUGAUGAACUUAAGAAGGAGGAAGAAAUAGAGCGAGAGUUAAGGGUACCUGUGCCGACACUCAAAUCCGCCAAAAGCCAGACUGAUAAUGGUAUUUUGAGUUUGCAAAAGCGACAGAAACUGCUGGAGCAGCAGCAGAUCGAGUUAAAAGAGAAGGAACAAGAAAUUCGAGAGCUUGAAAAGCAAUUGAAGGACAAAUUGAAUCAGCUAGAAAGGGAAAAAUCUAAGCCAAAGAUUCCUCCCAUUCAUGUAGAAACACACGGAUCAGCCAGAGCUGAAGUGCAGACGAUUCAAGAUACUUCAUCUAAUGAUUCAAACGGUAGCUUUCAAUCUGGUUCAGAAAUACCUGUCAAAAUUGUAAUCACGGUAAACGAUAAAUCCCAAAAGAAAAUAAAAAAGACACCGAAAAAAGGAAUUUCUGAGACGCGGAAGCGAAAGAAAGCAAAGGAAACCUUAAAUCAACCAGUGGAAGCACCACAACCACAAACACCCACAAAAUUUGGAACCCCCACAAAAUCACAAGCGUCAACAAAAGCGAUGGUUGUUGAGCCUCCGCCCAAGAGAGUUAUUUCGCCCGCCAAGGCACUCCCGGAACCGGAACAAUCACCCAUAAGUUCAACCACCUCAACUAUAUACAGACAACCACCAGAGAAGAUUGACAAUCGCCUGAGUAAAUUACUAAGACAAAUCGAUCAAAAGCAAAGCACGGAUGAAUCAGUUCCUGUGCCAAAGCCGCAAACGAAAAAAGUUGUUCCUAAGCAUCAGCUAAAAAAGGCAACGCCUCCAGCGCCCACUGGUGGACAGAAGAAUAUGGACCCCUCCCUGAUGCAAUACAUUGUUCGUCUGUUAGGGAUGUCCCGCCAGUCUAUCGAACAGCUUGGUGUUAGUUCUUCCACGACGAUCUCCACGCCUCACGAUUCGGUCGUCAAUGUUAGCGGGAAUCAAUCCAGCAUCGAAGAAGACAUGGCUAAAGAUCAAUCGCGGUUGGACAAACUGCGGCGAUUCAUCGAUGAAAACUACAACUUUUUGAAUGAAAUCGACGAGACGUUGAAAGAGCAGGAACUGAGUGGCACGUUAGACGAGAACAUCAGUCGAGUGGGAGAUAUUUGGAUGAGAACCCUAAGUCGGAAAGAAAAUGAAAUUCGUCAGAAAAAACCGCCGCAAUCGAAGACACCUGAUGCUCCCAGACAACCGCCAGUUCAGCAAUCGCCCGCGACGAAAGAAAGCUCACUGAAAUCGAUCCUUAAAUCGCCAAGAAAAGUUCCAGCUAAAGUAGCCAAAAUUAUCACCCCGCAAGGACACGUUGAGAUCAUUAAUUUGAGCGAUCGGGAUGAACAGGAAGUACUGGAAAAAUAUUCCCAGUUGACUGAAAGUUGCAGCAAACGUAUCAGCGAACUAUCGGACAUGAUCCAAAAGGUGCGCGAGGAGAAGAAAAAGCUGAUUGAAAACAGCCUGUCAUCUAGUGAGCAACAGGAGUCUACCAAAUACCUGGAUAUCCCUAAAACUCUAACGGGUGUAUCAAUUCAACAGCUCAACGCAGCUGCCAAGAGCUCUGCCGAAACAAGCCCCCGGUCGGCCAGGGAAGAUCCGGUCAGCGAGGAAAUAAAUGAUAUCUUUACCGCCUCCAGGCAGAUUGGGCUGAGCAAGGACAGUGGCAUCGCCAUGUCCCGACCUGUGACUUCGUCGGAUUUUCGCGAUAGUCCGGAUGCACGACCACAGAACGCCGGCGUGCCACAGUUUGAAUCGUCGGAAGAUCUUAGCUUGAGGGAUGCGACAGCUGCACCGGCAGCGAAGACGUUUGAGCCGUUGUUGAAAGAUAUUCCAAAGGUCACCGCUCGUAUUCUACAAUCGGACAACGGCGAAACGCAUCAACCAGCUCACACCAGCAGCCACGACCCGAAAGACUUAGCGCUUGCCAAACGCACCAAACCACCGAUGGCCAUCACCCGAUACAGUCCGCAGCUGGAUGAGGCGACCACGGCCCACGAACUAUCCACGAUUCUCGAAGUGGAAACACCGAUGACAUCAAAGAUAAACAUUUCGGUUCCUGCUAGUGAAAAACUGGACCCAGCCGAUCAGCUGCUUGUGGAAGCCCGCGACAAGCUACUGGAACAUGCCCGUGCUCUGGGUUACGAUGGUUUUCCCAACUAUGACGAGUACGUGCGACAAAAGGAACUGGAAGCGACGCGGUUCGAUCUGGAGAAAACCAGCGUGUCCCGCACGACCGAUCCAUUGGAGGUGACCGAUAGAAGCGAGCAGUUACGAUACCAAAAGUAUCCUGGUUCUGUUCCGGAAAUAAAUGUAACCGAGGAAACACUCAAAGAGGAUGACAGUAACAACAAACCAACGGAACAGGUUAGUAAUUCCAGCUCCAGUACCUCUCUGCCGGAUGUAAUAGCCGAAUUAAAACUUCGCAACAUCAUCGACAAGUCAUUUAACAACUCUCUCGAUGAUUCCAACCGAUCCUCACCUGGUUCAGGUUCAAUUGAAAUUAUUCAGCCAGUCCCAUUGCUAGAAAAGUCUCCAACAAAAAGACAACAUAACAGAAAACCCGACGAUUUCCGGAGUUCUACCGCCCAAGAAGCUACGGGUUCGCUGGAACGUGACUUAAACCAACUGGGACUCCGUUGGGCUUCAACGAUGUUGAAGAAAAACCAGGAAGCCCUACAACAAGAUCACUCCAGCAGUUCAUCUCUUUCCCUGGUCGAAGAUAUUCGGCGGGCCUCGGGAACUAACCAAAACAAUCGAGAUUCCCAACCAAUAGCCGGUAAACCGUUGAACCUGAGAGAGUUCAUCGCUCGCGAACUAAUGAUUCGAACACAUUCCGAUUUAAACUCGAUCUCCGGUUCAUCCAGUCCUUGCAGUUUACUGCUGAAAUCGAUGCUGGACAUAAGUAACAUUAACACAUCGACGCCGGAGCUGCUCACACAAACGACGGAUAAGAACGUCCAACGUACCUCGACUCCGGUAGCAUCAAAAUCGUCCUCUAGCUCACCGCGGUUGGCGGAAAGAACCGGAGAACCGAAUCUGAACGUAGCGGUCGGUUUGUUCUCGGGUGAAUCGAGAAUAUCAUCCGUUCACAUGAGUUCUUCCUCCAGCGGGGAGCUGAUCGUUCCGAAUGUAAGGCUCAAUAUAGAUAAGUACGAGAAAAGUAAGAAUGGAAAGCAACCGUAGGUGGAAAAUAAUCUCAGAAGAAAAUCCUAUUGAUAUCAGCAUUUUAUUUUUAGUUAUAUUGUUCUUUUUUUAUGAGAAGCAUGACGUUAAAUAGUGUUGUCGAUAGAAAUUUAGUGCCUUGUGAACAGUUUUAAUGAAAAAUAAACAUUCUUGACGAUCGAUUUGACGUUAUCUAUAAAUUAAAGUGUUGCAUUUACGUUAUGGCAUUCACAAUCAGUGGUGUAAGAACUUUUAAACUAGUUUGAUAGGUAUUAACGAGUAGUUAGUAAGUUGACAAUUAAGAUUACUAACAUUUUUAUUCUGCAUUGUUGGACAUUGUUUAAAAUAUAUGACAUUAAAUAGAAUACGA